GUGAUCAUUGGAUCCAUUCAUACCAUUCAUCCAUCCAUUCGGUUGUGACACAAGAUUGCGGUCAACAGUCAUGUCAUUAAUAGAUUCGCAAGAGAUUAAGAUUAAAGUGAGUUCAGUACUCAAUAAAGAUGUCAAACAAUUUGGCAAACAAUUCAUAAUCGAUGGCAAAGACGACACGUGUUGGAACUCAGAUCAGGAAAAUAGUCUUCAAUUCUUUGGAUCGGGAAUUGGGGCCAAAGGUCUGAAUGAAUACGCUUUUCUCAUCCAUUUCUACACUGAUGUCAAUCCAACGGAAAGUUUUUACAAACACAACGACAGACACAUCGAGUUUGUGAUUAAGAAGCGAUGCAAUGUGUUGUGGCCGCGACUGUUGUCAUCGGUGGUGAGACCGCAAUGGAUUAAAGUAGACUUCGAUCGCAUCCAACCCGAAGAAGAGUCCGACGCCGACGUGAACUCCGCCGACAAAGAAUUUGAUGAAUUGAUUCCAAACCAACAGAAUUCGUACCGAAAUUUUGGUCAAAAAGAUUUUGGUCGUCGAAAGAAGUCUAUGAAUAAAGGAUUCAAAGUCGAAGAUUUCAAGAAAACAUAUCUUUUUCUCUACAAUUUGUUUCAAUUCGUUGGCUUUGUUUAUGUGUUUCUUAUAAUUACCAUUCGUUACCUCAAAGACGGUUCUCAGUCGACUGAAGGCGUUUACCUAUUGGUCGGCAAAGUUAUGAAAUUUUUGCAUUUAAUGAAAAUUUUGGAAAUUCUUCACCCGUUAAUGGGAUACACAUCUGGAAGCGCUUUAAUGCCUUCCAUUCAACUGUUCGGUCGAGUCUUUUUGAUCUUCUUUAUGGUUGAUUCUGAGCCAAAAAUUCACGCAAAUCCAUGGGUUAUAUACCUGUUCUUUGUGUACACCAUCUCUGAAAUGAUUCGAUAUCCGUAUUAUAUGCUUCAUGUGUUUAAUGUGAACAUUGGAUUUCUAACAACCAUUCGCUACACGGCUUGGAUUCUGCUCUACCCCUUGGGUUUCCUCUGCGAAGGUGUCAUUUUGUAUAAUAACAUCACUUAUUUGGAAGAAAGUAAACGAUUCUCUAUUGGUUUGCCAAACGAUCUCAACUUUUCACUUCAUAUGCCAACUAUUAUUAGACUUUACCUGUUGUUCGGCUUUUUCCCCGCGCUAUAUUUUAUGAUGAAUCACAUGAAUAGGCAGAGGAUUAAAGUGUUUAAUACGAAUCGGUCUAAAAGUAAAGUUCAUUAAGACAUUUGAGCAGACGAUCAAAACGUGGACAACAUUUUUAAUCUAAUUCUUGACAAUCGAUUGAAUGGUUUCAAUAAUUAUAAUCGAUUAUAAAUUUGAGAUAAUAUAAACUUAUAUACAGUACAAGUAAUAAUUGAUAAAUGAUAUGC